ACACCGAAAAUACCAGCUGGUGAGCAACGUUUGUGUUUGCUGCAUCUACCAGCUGUUGAUAGGUUUUCGUCUAGACAGAAAUGAACAUGUCUGUUACAGAGACUGUCAAAUCUAUUUCAUCAAUUAUUAAAAGAAAUGUCGAUCCGACAAUGCUUUUUGAUAAAGGUGAAUACAUGGAUGAAGUACUUUGGCAAGUUUUCUGCGUCUUGUAUAAUACACCGGGAACGAGCUUCAAGAAACUGCAUUACAUUAAGUUACUCAUGAUAACUGCUAGUCACUUAGGGUUCACGGGGAGUUUCACUCUGAGUAACCUUCGGGAUAAAAGAGGACAAAAGAAAUGGUUACCUUUCCUUUCUGCUUUAGUUUCGUGGUUUGAAUUCACGGAUAUGGAAGCUCUUCGGAUAAUUGAUAUCGCAAGAGAGAAAAAAAGAAAGCAUACAGAGGUAUUUAAUCUGUUGGAAUCUCGGGAGGGUGAUUUGUGGAAUUGUCGAGAAGCAGAACAAGAAAGACGUAAAGUGAUUAGCGAUCUUGAAAUGAAAGUUUGGAAGCUCAAGUCUUGCUUCACUGAAAAGAAUGCAAAUAUGUCAUCUAAAGAAAAUUUACUUCAGUUUCUAGUUUCUUCAGUAGAACAGAAAAAAGAGCAGAAAGAAUCUUUACAAAAUCGACUUCAAGCUUUGAGCAAAGAUUAUGAAAAUUUGCAGUCACUUCAACUAGAUAAUUGUGAAAUGCUACCUGAAUCAAUAAAAGAAGUGAAAAGUCAACUUGAUGCAGUUGAAUCAGACAUGUAUAUGAUCUAUGAAGCUUUCAACGGUAUUGUGGAUCGUAUCACAACAUUUCAAAACUAUGAAUAUUUACUUAACUCAGAACUGAGACCGGCAAUUGAUCAAGUGUAUAACCUUAUGGAUAAAUUAGUGGCAUUUAGUAAAGAGGAGAAAGAACACCAAGCUGUGGUUGAUGUCCUAACUGCAAACUUGAAGAAUAUGGAAGCUUCGUUAGAUGAAAAUAAACAACAAUUGGUCGAAUAUGGAUCACAGUUAAUGCGAAAAAAAGUAUUACUAAAUACCAAGAAAAAGAGAAUUCUCAAUCUACGUCAAGUAAUCAAAUAACACAAUCUUGGAUGAAGAUGCUGAUAAAAUACAGGAUCUUCGGAACUCUUUGGUGAAGAUUCUGAGGUUGUUCGGCACAUGUUUCACACCUAUCCAACGUAAGAUGAUAUUGUAGGGCUGGUCUACAAUGCUGCUCAGUUUAAUGAUAGAGAGUGAAAUGGUUGUGUGUUGAUCACUAUUCAUUUGGACGUUGCAUCAGCUUUAGGGAAUUGAGUGCUGAAGAAAUCUCCACACUCGCAAAAGGCUUGUUUAGUAUCUAUUUAGUUAAAUCACCUUUAGCAGCAUAUUGAAACAGCUGGUGGCACUGCACCGUAAACUGUUCUCUCCUGUUCCAUAUCCGUGACUUAUUACUUUCGAAAACUGAAGAUAAUGUGUGGGAUAGGUUACAGACAUUUGAUCACAGUUGUCUUCGGAAUGCUGUCAGUUUGUAGUAGUUGAACUAAUACGUGAUCAACUUUGGGAUUAAGUGCAUAGUUUAUUCGUUAGGGUUCGGAACCUACCGAGGUUUGGACAGCCAGGUAAUAUCACUAGCCCUCACAAUAGGUGUUGUUCAUUGCCUGCUGUACGAAUGUACACAAGGUUCCUCCCUCUUUCUGUCUCACGACCGACUUGAUUGGGACGUGUUGCCCAUUUUAACCCGCAAUUUACUGCAACAUAUAAUGUUAGCUGAAAAAAGAUUUGAGUUUGAAAUUAACGAUAGCUUUAUUAUAUGGUACCAGUCUGUGGAGUCACUGACUGUCGGUUUGAGCAGUAUAGAAUACUGUGCUAUAGGUUAUGCCAUUGAGGUUUUCUAUAUUUCGAUAACGUAUUUACGCAAUACGUUCCGAACAAUCUGAUCACAUAUUUACUUGUCAAGUUGAUUUACAUAUGAAAAUGAAAGGCCAAAUAUAGUGAAUAUAAAAAGGUUGUGAUAGUAUUCUUGGAAAUAUAAUCAGAUGAGGAUUACCAAAGUAAAUUAAGGAAAACAACAAAUUGUUUUUGUGCACACAACGGGGGCUUAAGUUUCCGAAUGGCUAAGGCUUCGGCAAAUUUCAGUAUGCGCCCCUGACUGUUCCUAUAUAAUAUCUUAAAUUCUGUUUCGUAUUAAACCGUAUGAUUCAUUUCGAUGAUAUAUUUUGCUAUAAAUGAAGACGGAUGUCUGUCACAUGUACUUGUCAAAGUUUGUGUUAAACUGUUUUUCAAAUGUAUUGCGCAAAUACAUCACAUUUUCCAGGUAAUCUUCGUCUUCUAAUAACGUUAUCAAAAUAUAUUAAAGGGACUAAUUGUUUCAAGUUUUCUAUAUUAUGGAAACCCUCAGCAACAUAGACCAAAGUAGAUCUUGGUGAUACAGACAUAUCAACUCUUUCUAAUUUUCGAAAUGCUAACCAUUCUAUCUGUGCAUAUGUUCUCAUUCUCUUCCUUUUUAUGCUCUUUAUCGUUUUAUUUAACCUUGUGUUUAUUAGUGUUUUGUCACUAAGUUGUUUCAAAACUGACAGGUUGGUCCGUUGCUUUAUUGUCAGGUUCUGUUUUUUUAUUUGCCUCUUUUUGAUAUUUGAUAUGGACAUACCUCUGAGUUUAGCGUAGAUUUUUACGUAAUUCUAAGGUUUAUUGUUAAGCCGAGGUAUUAGUUGUUCUUAUACGUGGUUUUGGAAAUUGUUUGUCCUAAGCUGUGAAAUAAUGCAGUGGUCAGUUGACACAAAUGUACUUGUGGUUGAUUAUACUUUAAUGAUUCCGUGAAAGAAUUGUGGUAGCAUAUCACCACUGGGAUUAUGGACUCAUUACUUUCAGACACAUCUUCGCCUGGUAAAUGUGUAUUAUCUUUCAUAUAUUCACCUUUAUUGUUUUUUUUCCUGUUUAGGCCCGUGAAGCUGACGCUGUUA